AUGUCCUACUUCAUGUCUCCACAAACUCAUCCAGGUCUUCUGCCUUCUGGCCAAGGUGGGGCUGCUUCUCCAGGCUCGUCCCUCAGCCUCUAUAGUCCUGUAGAGCCAGUGGUGGUGGCCUCUGGUGGACUGGGCCCACUGAGCCAGAAAGCUGAGCAGGUGGCACCUACUGCCCAGGCCUGGGGCCCAGCCCUGGCAAUGCUGGAAGCCACGGGCUGCCCUGGGGGGGCUAGCUGGGAGACACUGCAGAGGAAGGAGUACAGCCAAUACUGCCACAAAUUCCCCCACACAAGGCAGCCAGAGAGCUUGGGCUGGGAGGAUGGCUGCUCCAGAAACAGAGCUCCCCACCUGGGUGGCCCCAGCAGGUCUGGGUCGCUGCUGCUGUAUGGGAUAUCACCAGGAAUUCUGCCGCUGCCCUCUGAGGCAAGGGGAAAGGAGGCCAGCUCCCAGCCUGACAUCUGCAUCCUUACCUUGGCUAUGAUGAUUGCUGGCAUCCCCACCGUGCCCGUCCCAGGCCUGCGGGAAGAGGACCUGGUCCGGGCAGCUCAAGCUUUCAUGAUGGCCCAUCCAGAGCCAGAGGGAGCUGUGGAGGGUGCAUGGUGGGAGCAGGCACACGCCCACACGGCCACUGGGCAGAUGCCCCUAGUGAGAUCCAGGAGGGGCCAGCCUCCGGGCUUCCGCUUGUAG